AUUUUUUUAGUGAUUCUGCUCAUCAUCGUAGGAGCUAAACGAUUUAUGAAUACGAUUGACGUCGGUGUGGUUUAUAGAGCGACAUUUUACAUGCAGUUAUCGUCUUCAUUUUUUUUUAGUAUGAAUUGAUUGUAUACUAAUAAAUGGAUUCUUGUCUUGUUGUGUCCCGACAAUAAAUAUCAUCAUGAGUAGAGGAAUAUGAAGCAGACUUCCUGUUCAUUCUCAAUGCUCACCGAUACGUCAUAAAUCAAUGGGAGCUUUCGUGUACACCUUUUGUGAUUCUACACUCCACGGAUCGAUUGAUUAGUAGUCCACCUAGCCGGCCGCGGGCUAUUAUUAUCAUCAUCACCAAUGGAACUCAAUAUUACCAAUGAAUGACUCAACGGUUGUCUCAUAAAAAAACCCGUCACGAACAUUCCUCUUUGAAUAAGCUGGAGAAGGGCAAUGUUUGGGUGAGGCCCAUUUCGAUAUUCGCAGAGAGCAACAUUUUGAUCUUGAAACGAACUCGGUUAUGUGUCGCUUUCCUGUAAGGCGUUCGUUGGUCUAGUUUGUGGAGCCGUUGGAUGAAAAGGAUACUUUAAAUUCGGUCAACCGCCUAAUGGGAUAAGGUAUCCGUGUAUUGAUUGCUAGUCCGAAGCCGCCAUCGUAUUUUAAAUGUGGCAGCUGAAACAUUACUAGAGCAGUGUCUUAACUAUAGGAUACAUGACGGUAUGUUUCCGCUGGAUGUAAACUGACAAGACAUUUCAACAAGAUAUGGACUCAUCGGAUCAAACGGAAUACCAAUAAUGGAUUCGAACAUAUUCGGUCUUAUCAGCGAGAUUGAUUGGACAAGAUUUCUUCUUUGUGAUUCUCUCCGUACUUCUAGGACAUUAAAUCAUCUGUUACGUAUAGGCCUUUUGUAGGUCGGACCAGAGCAGGAUCCCCUUUCGUGUUGUAAGGCCUUCUCUGAGCAGUAUAUUCUCCAAACCAGAGAGUCCAGGAACUAUGAAAGAACUGUCAAAGUGCACACAGGACUAAAGGACUGCAUGUCGUGGUUUACAGUUCAUUGUACAUCUAUUAGGUUUAUAUAGGUCUGAGAAGUGAGUUUACUGUCAGACUCUUUUGCGUGUUAUAAGAGUGCCUCUGACAAAUACUGGGAUUCAAGAACUAUCAAAGAAUCCAGAUUCCAUGGGUUGAGUUGGUUCAUGGGAUCAUCGGAUCAAACCUAAAGAUGCCAUCCCGAUCAAGACGACUUGAGGAGGAGAAGAGGAAGCGACUCCUCUAUGAGUAUAUAUCCUGCUGUGGAACUGGUUUCUCCUCCAUACAUCAUGCAACUCAAGAUCAUAAUCAGAUGCCGAUAGAUCCGGCGUCACCCCAAUUCGGCAUGUCCUCCCCAUCAGGAUCCAGUGUGUCCAGCGAUGAAUCCAAUGAUGGAGACUUGACGAGAGAUCCUUAUGGAAUCACACUCCACUUUGUUACUGAUCCUGGAGAGAGUAUCAAGCUUCGGAAACUCAUCCAUCCGCUUGUCAAACACUUCGACCAUUCUUUCAAGAUGUUCAACAUCGCAGAACGCAGCCGACCCAACGGACAAUUCAACAAAGCCAAUGGUGGCGCCAGAGACGUCUUCCCCGCAUUGUCCGUUAUGUUGUUCCUCCACAUCGAUGAGGAUGUUGAUGACAGGAGGAUAUCCACAGCGCAGGAAUUCCUUGCGAGGAAACCUUGGAAGUACCACCACAACUCGCGGGUUCCGGGGAAGUACUACCUCUGUGAGCCUAACUUUCAGAACUUCUAUACCACCGAGCAGGACAUGCCCCUGUGGGCGGUGAGACAAGUCCACUACGGCAAAGAACAUCUCAGGUUUAUGCUAUACGCGAGUCGAGAGAACUGGGAAGACAUGAUCAGGUUCUAUACCCUAGUGCUUAAUCGAAAAGUGGAGUAUCAAAGAGAGGACUUCUGUUACUUUGUAACGCACUCAAGAGACUCUUCAGACAUCCAGUUCGCGCUUAAGAGGAUACCUGAGGACUAUUCGGUAAGACCGCUUUACACUUCGUUUCUGCAGUUCAAGGUGCGCGAGGUUGGUGAGCUUGUGCCAUUGCUUCCAAAUUCUUGCUCGCCGAUCAGUCCACAGAGGUGGCAAACCACAGAUCCUGAUGGCAAUGUAACACUUAUCCUGGUAACCAAGAAAAUAGGAACAAAUAACAACAGCGCCCUCACACCCAGGAGACAGUCCGUGGACGUCCUGCAGCAAUUGAUUGCUCCGAAGGCAAUGAAACCCAAGGUCAGGCAAACCUUACAGACUGUCCAGGAUGAAGUGGAAGAGGAAGAAGACUCGCAGUAACCUCUGAUAAAGACAGAAAUGUAAUAAACAAGAGAAUAAAUUUGAUAUUACCGAGACCUAAUCUGACGAUAUACGAUUUCCUAGCUGAAGAAAAAUAAGUCAAUGCUGAACAAAUUUCACUCAUGUAAGUUCGGUGCAUACUCAAUGAAAUCCCUAUUAGCCAAGAAGCCUUCAGUAUAAACUACAUUGGUAUACUACGUGCAUGUGGCAUGAAAGGUACUCAAAUAUGUGAUCUAUUGUCUUUUUGAAAAUAAUUAUUUGUUUUUCUAACCCAAUUAGAAUAUUGAAAUGAGGUAUUUGAAUAUACAAUUAUAUCGAGCCAGUAAUAAAGUCGCCAUGUACAAUAAGUAUUGUAACAUGACUGCAGGGAAGUUUGACUGUCUAAUUCUAGCUGCAAACCAGAAACAAAUUCAACUCGCAUUCAUUGAAGGAAAGGAGGGGGGGGGGGGAGGUGAAUAUUACAAAAUAUAAAAUUGAUAGGGAUUGUGACAACUAUCAUGUCAUAAGGUAUAAACAAAAUAACUAGUGAAACACAAUUUUGUCGUGAUGACCAUCAACGUUCUUAACAGAACUUGAUAAAGGUCCGUGGAUAAGGUCAUGCUGCAGCGCUGCAGAUUUCUAUUUUUUUUACCUCGUGAAAAUGAUAAUUAAUUUUGACUAUCAGAUAUUCAAAAUGUAUUUUGCCAAACUGUUACAAUACCAGCACCAAUAUCUUGGUUCAUUUCAAUGUAGAUUUUUUAAAUAAAGGAUUUGACUAAAUUCAUUAUAUUUAAUUUUGAAUAGAAUGUGUCACCUGAAGAGGAAAUAUUUUAUACACUGUUGCCCAUAAAGCUUGAUUUUUUUUUGCCUCUUUUCAAAGAAAUGAUUAUGACCAAAUUGUUUAUUCUUGACAGAUAAAGUUGAUAUCUUCUCAGAACUUUAUUGAUCAUCUCUUUGACUCUUUAGAUUGAUGAAUUAAGUUCUGAGAAGAUAAUUAUAAACUUUAUGUAUCAAGAAUAAACCAUAAUACUCACAAUUACUUCGAGAAAAGAGGUACAAGAAAAUUAUUCCGAAUUUAUGGUGUGUCAUUACUGCUUUUUGUAACGGACAAACAACUAGUCACUCCAAGCAUACCAAGUGACUAGUUAAAUGCUCGUAAUAUUUAUCAGGUUGCACCGUAGCAUCAUAAUAAUCAUACAUAUUCAGUUACGAGCCAAAUCAAAUCAAUAUUUUAAGUUAUAAAUGUUCAGAUCGUCACAGAGAUAAAAAGUAAGCCAUGAUGAAUGAGUUCUAAAGAUAUUACCAUUCUUGUUAAAAGCUGAUAAUUAUUUUAUUGCGAUAAAAGUUAUGUAGGUGUGACAAGAUGUUGACUCGAUUAUCAAUUGCUUGGAUAAUUAUAUUUUCAUGUUUAAUAUUAUAUAUGUGGAAGAUUAACUUUAAUAUGAUAACAGCAUGAUUAUUAUUAAGUCCAUCGUGUGUUCUUAUUAUAUGGAAAUUUAAUUUUUAAAACGUAUGUUUUGUGAAUACGCAUGUCUAUGACCUAUAGGCUGGUAUUAAUUUUAAUUGAAGUAUGCUUUUCGUUAAUCUAUCGCAUGUCACUUGCCACUUCGUUUAUCUUCCUUUAUUUCCUCGUUUGUACAAAGAAACGACGAGCAAGAUAAAUAAAAUAAGCCGAUCUACCAGAGGUCUUUCGAAACGAGGAAUAUGAUUUUUUUGAAAAGUUUUUUGAGAAGAAAAUUGAUAUAGAUUCGGAAACGCAAUUGUUAAUAUCAAUGUAUUUAACUUCCAUUUUGGUUAGCUCCGUAAACGACAAUAGAGUAGAAAGUAAACGAUCCAAUGCUUCACAGAAACAAAAAAGGUGUAUACAUUUUGUUAUAUGCUGGAAUAAUGCCAUGCAAGUAAAACAAAACAGUAUGUACUUUUUGUCUUAUCUUAAAAAAUAUAACGUUCAUGUUUCCAUUAAAAUUCAAGAGAUAUCACAAUUUCAUGAAAAUGGGCCAGAAUUUGGAACUGGAAUUCAUCAAAAGUGCAUUUUACACUAUUUUUGAAAAAGAAAAAAAAGAAGUUUUAAUCAAUGGCAUUAACUUACAAAGUCGUUUAUUCGCACGGCUAUAUGUGUAAAAAUGACGAAGUCAGAAUUGUUGAUGAAUUGCAAACGUUUGAGUUAUAUAGUAUCUUGCAGUCUAAGUCCUAAAUAAACGGCGGUAUUUAAGGGUUUUAAGUAAGGUCUCGUAUUGCCAUUCGUUGCAAAUAAUUGUAAUUUAUAUAAAAUAUAUAUAUAUAUCUAAUAUAGACAGCUAGAUAACCAUGUGAAACCUUACACAUAGUAUUCAUUAAAACAAGAAAAAGGUGUUCACGGCUUCGUUUAUUUCCAUGCGUAAAUCAACCAAACGUAAGAAAUAUUGUAUGUUUGGAUGAGGUAACAUUAUCUUCAAACCCGCCAAACAAUCAGCAUUUUCCUUUCAACUUUUCAUUUUUUAUGUUUUUGUAUGUCUUUGAUAAUAAAUAUCGGAUACAAUGUAAUACUUUA